GGCAUCGAAGCUAGGGUUCUUACAUCAACUGCACAGCCACACCACACCAGAGAUCCAACCAGCUCACCCACUCUGACUUUCUCCAUGUCAUUCCAAAAUAUAGUCAUAAACUAAUUAAUAAUAAUAAUAAUAAUAUAAGACCCGAACAGGAUUCGUCUUAAUUAAUCUCCACUCUUUCUUCUUCAAGAUUCCUAUUCUGUGGGGGUUGGGCGAAAGCCUACAGGAGCUGAAUCUCCGGCGAGACAAGACAAGCUAUGGCUGCCGGAACUACCCGGAAAAUAACCGCUGCAUCUGCAAGGGCUCAUACCCGAAAACCAAAGGCUCGAGCUUCUUCUUCACGGCUUUCAGGCUUGUUAAAGAAAACACUGUUGAUCUUGGUUGCGGGGAUUCUGGCAUGGGGGUAUCAGGCGGUGAAGCCGCCGCCUCCGACGACGUGCGGCUCCGGCAAUGGGCCGCCGGUGACCGGACCCAGAGUGCAGCUGAAAGAUGGGAGGCACUUGGCAUACAAAGAAUUUGGUGUCCCCAGAGAUACUGCAAACCACAAAAUCGUGUUUAUCCAUGGCUUUGAUUGCUCUAGGCACGAUGGUUCUGUCCUAACCUCGACACUUUCUCCGGAAUUUGUUGAAAGUAAACGAAUCUACAUACUUUCGUUCGAUAGGCCUGGCUAUGGAGAGAGCGAUCCUAACCCCGCGCGAGGAGUGGAUGGCGUGGCUCGUGAUGUCGAGGAACUUGCUGAUCUCUUGGGGCUAGGAUCGAAGUUUUACAUCAUUGGAUUUUCGAUGGGUGGACAAAUUGGCUGGACUUGCCUCAAGUAUAUUCCUCAUAGAUUGGCGGGAGCUGCUCUGCUAGCGCCGGUCGCCAACUAUUGGUGGGCUGGAAUCCCGUCAAAUGUUUCAAAAUCAGCGUAUCUUCUGCAGCCGAUGCAAGAUCAAUGGGCUGUCAGCGUUGCGCACUAUUUGCCGUGGCUUACAUACUGGUGGAACACGCAGAGAUGGUUCCCCAGUUCUGCUGUUAUUGAUCACAACCCGAGUGUUUUCAAUGAGCACGACAAAGAACUCCUCCCGAAGUUUAUUUCUUUCGCGAAAGAGUAUGAGGGAUAUCCGAGGCAACAGGGCGAAUACGAGUCCCUUCAUCGUGAUAUGAUGAUUGGGUUCGGGAAGUGGGAUUUCAGUCCAUUGGAUUUAAAAAAUCCGUUUCCGAACGGCGAAGGCUCUGUUCACUUGUGGCAUGGUGGAGAUGACCGGAUGGUCCCUGUUACGAUGCAGCGUUAUAUCGCGCAACAGCUGCCGUGGAUUCACUUCCACGAGGUGCCCGGCGCGGGUCAUAUGUUUCCUUACGCUGACGGAAUGGCGGAUUCGAUCGUACAGGCACUUUUAGCAUAAGUUCCAGGUUCCGACAUCAUAUAUUCAUGUCUGAUCCCCUCUUUGUCGGGUCUUGAAGUUCCCUUUUGUCGAUGAAGCUGUUGUUUUCUUAUAUUGUAAUAUUGUUCUCGAAAUGUUUGAGCAGUCACGCCAAGGAAUGUAUGUUCACAUGAAAACAACAUUGUAAUUUUCAAACAAUUCUGUCA